AUGGAAGUAGCUCUCCUCUCAUUCUCUUCUUCCUUGUCUCCUCUCUGCCACAACCGAACCUUAACCCUAACUCCCAAAUCCCCAAACUACCCUCGUCGCCUGACCAUCAGAUCCGCCGUCUCUCGUUCCAAAAAGGAAGAAACCGUCGAGACAGUCAAGUCCCACCUCGAGAACUGCCACCUCCUCGCCGCCAUCAACUACAAAGGCCUCACCGUCAAGCAGUUCCAAGACCUCAGGAGAACUCUCCCGGACACGACAAAGCUCGUCGUCGCCAAGAACACUUUGGUCUUCAAAGCCAUCGAAGGCACCAAAUGGGAAGCUCUCAAGCCUUGUAUGAAAGGCAUGAACGCUUGGCUCUUUGUCCAGACCGAUGAAAUCCCUUCCGCCAUCAAACCCUACCGGAGUUUCCAGAAGGAACGCAAGCUCGAAGACAAUGACUUUGCAGGUGCCGUCUUUGAAGGUAAGUUCUACGCUCCGGACAACUUCAAAGCUCUUGAGACCAUGCCUACUCGUGCUGAGGUCUACGCUAAGAUGCUCGGAGCUUUGCAAAGUCCAGCCAUUAAUCUAGUCUCUACUUUACAAGCACCAGCCAUUGAGGUUAUAAUGGUGCUCAAGGCUUAUGUCAAGAAGCUAGAAGAUGAGAGUAAUGCUGCAUAACUAGUUAAGUAAAGCUGUGCUAAUCUCAGAGAAUGUAAUGAACUAAGCAAAGCAGUUCAAUUUUUUGUUUGUUAAUGACUCGAGCAGCAGUUAUUAUUAUUACAGUCAUUGGGUUUUAUUGAAA